CUGCGAACAAACACCAACAUGAGACAACCACACAUACCUAUGACGCGUGGUGAUUGCUAACCACCAGAUAUAUACAACCUCACAGAUGGACGAACCUUCAAAGCCUGAGGACCCAGCGUCCCAGGGAUCACCUGCAACAUCUACGUCCCAAGCGGAGGCAACGCUGCAGUCUAGCGAUAGCGUUGGCACGAAAGACUUCGCCGCUGAGAGCAACACCGUUGAUAGGAAUGAGCUUUCUACUGCGACUAGUGAGCAAGAGCAAUCAUCGAGAGAAGGCACCCCUCCACCACUACCUCCACGACCGAAAAACCUCCAGCUCCUGGACGGCCGACCCCGAACGUCCGGGUCCCUAAAAGUCUCAAGACCCUCCCUACAAUCGAAAGCAACGACACAGCUCUCCUUUGCAGAUACGAAGUCAUACAGCGACGAGUCAAGGGACACAAUCUCUCCAAAUGCAGGGACGCAAAAGAGCUUUACGAAUCUGGGAAAGGACCGUAUCGGAAGCGACGCAGACGAUAGCUUAAGCAUCAAGAGCUUUGCGCCUACGCUAGACAUAGGGCUCGACGCAGAAAGUCUGCUCGGUGAGGUUCUGGGAGACCAAGAGAAGGAUGUUAUAAAAGUACUGGGCAAACCAUUCGACGGCAUGAGCGGACAUUCAGACAUCCUCUUCUCAGAAGACCCGCAAUUCGCGAAAGCCUUUGAGCACGAGUUUGACGAAAUCGAUGACAUGGCGGCGGAUGGCUCAAAUGAAGAAGCUAUAGUCAAUCAAUGGAGAUCAAAGUUGAAGCAUUUCCUCAUCUUGUCUUCCGCUGGGAAACCCAUUUACAGUCGACACGGCGACGACCAGCUGAUUACAAAUUACACUGGAGUGGUGCAGACCCUCAUAUCCUUCUACCAAGGAAUGAGUGACAACCUCAAGAGCUUCACGGCUGGCGACGCCCAGUUCGUGGUUAUGUCCAGAGGUCCUCUCAACCUGAUUGCUAUCACGAAAUUGGUCGAGAGCGAGGCCCAACUGCGGUCACAACUUGACGCGUUGUACAUGCAAAUUCUUUCAACCUUGACUCUGCCGAGCAUGGAGCGCAUGUUUGCGAAUAGAGCGAAUUAUGACCUCCGCAGACCACUGCAAGGCACUGAAACACUACUCUCAGCUCUUGCGGACGGAUUUACUCGGGGCUCUCCCUCAACUCUCCUAUCGGCUUUAGAGUGUCUCAAACUACGGAAAUCUCACCGCCAAGUCAUCAACAAUACACUACUCAAGGCCCGAAGCGAGAAUCUCCUGUAUGGGCUCAUAGUCGCUGGCGGCAAACUAGUCAGUGUCGUACGGCCGAAGAAACACUCUCUACACCCAGGUGACCUCCACUUAAUCUUCAACAUGCUCUUCGAAGCAGGCAGCGUCAAAGCGGGUGGUGGCGAGAACUGGAUACCGUUAUGUCUUCCAGGCUUCAAUAACACUGGCUUCCUGUACAUGUAUGUCAGCUUUCUGAAUCUGGAUAAUCCCACCGAGCAAGUCGAGGAACGCCCCGCGUCGUCGCACGACGCGAAGGACGAGGUAGCCAUCCUCUUGAUUAGCGCCAACAAGGAAGGCUUCUUCGAGCUGCGCCAGAUGCGCGAUGACCUGGUCGAGCAAUUACAGAAGAAUGGCAGUAUUGAAUUGAUUCGUACUGCUGUAAAGAAAGGGCGCAUGUCUUGCACGGACAUUGUGCCUGGGUCGCCCUUGCGCCACUUUCUGUACAAGUCGCGUGGUAAUGUGCAAUUCACUAUGCCGUCUUUCGAGCCUCAUUUCACUAGCGAUCUGGAUUGCCGGCGACUGUUGAAUUUGUAUCAUAAUCUACACGGCAACAUUCACACCCGUCCGACCCAUCCAAAGGUCCAUCAUGCUACAUCGACCACCAAUAUCAGCCUCGCUUGGAUGACUCCAUUGUUCGAGCUGUACUGCGUAGCUCCCAUCACGACUUCACGGACUGCACUAGCGCAAGCUGCCAACAAGAUCAUUCAAUGGGUUCGCAGAGAAGAAGAGCGUGUUUUCAUCAUUGGCGGUGCUGUAUUCUGAGCUCCGUACGCUACGCUAAAGAACAUAUGAAAGGGUAUCGUCGCCCAUGCUUCGCCAAGCUGCAUAUGAAAAGGACAGUAUCGUCCGCCAAAAGCCAA